CCAGCCGCGGGCGGGCGCGGAGCCGCGAUGCGCGGAGCCACCGGGACACCGUUACCGCUCCCGGUGUUGGUGCUACUGGUGGCGUUGGCGGCGGGGCCGGGGGAAGGGGAGGAGGCGAUCCAGUGCCCUCCGUGCUCGGAGGAGCGGCUGGCGCGUUGCAAAGCCCCGCAGGGCUGCGCGGAGCUGGUGCGGGAGCCGGGCUGCGGCUGCUGCGCGACCUGCGCGCUCGGGCGCGGCACCGCCUGCGGCGUUUACACGGCUCGAUGCGGAGCGGGGCUGCGCUGCUACCCCCCCCGCGGCGUGUCCCGGCCCCUGCACACCCUCAUGCACGGCCAGGGGGUCUGCACAGACCUGGCUGAUGUCGAAGCCAUCCAGGAGAGCCUUCAUCCUCCAGAGAAGGAGGAGAUCGACCACCCCAACAACAGCUUCAGCCCCUGCAGCAUCCACGACCGCAAGUGCCUGCAGAAGCACCAGGCAAAGCGGGUCAACAACGGCAACAAGAUGCGCAACAGCGGGAACCCGUACCACCGCGAGGAGACGCGGCCCAUAGUGCAGGGUUCGUGCCAAAGCGAGCUGCACCGGGCCCUGGAGAGACUCGCCGCCUCGCAGACCCGCACGCAUGAGGACCUCUACGUCAUCCCCAUCCCCAACUGCGACCGCAACGGCAACUUCCACCCCAAGCAGUGUCACCCGGCGCUGGACGGCCAGCGGGGCAAGUGCUGGUGCGUGGACCGCAAGACGGGAGUGAAGCUGCCAGGCUUUCUGGAACUGAAGGGGGACUUGGACUGUCACCAGCUGGCAGACAGCAUGUGAAUGUGACAGUGGUGGCCCCUGCGCCACGGCCAGGACUCUCGCCGGGACUGUGUGGGAGAGGAAGAGGGGACACAGAGCCGCCGAGCAGCUCCCCGGUGCCGGGGAUCCUGACGUGCACCCUGGAUCACCACCGCGGCACAGGGCACGGCACCGUGACCCAUGCCAUGACCACUAGCCACCACCGCUGCGGGUCCCUGGCAUGUACUGAUGGCACCUCCAUCCCGCACGGACACUUGCAUGGACAGAUGCUGCCCUGGAGCUGGUGCCAGGCUGCCCGGGUGGAAAGCACCCACCAUGCGCUGAUGCCGCCCCAAGGUGCUGCUCCUGCCGCCGUUGCUGCCCUCCCACGCCGUGGUGCCGCAUGGCUUUCGCCGCAGCCGCUCUGUGCUGCGGUGUGGCCGGGGGACGCAGAGCGUGGCGGCUGUGGCUGAGGCUCAGCUGCUGCCCCUGGCACAGGGGAUGCUGUGGCAGUGCCCCCGUCUGCAGUGCCUUGCCAUCCACGCCAGACCUCUGCGUGUGACAGCAGGAGAAGUGCCUCAUCCUGCCCUCUCUGGCAGCGGGACACCGUGCUAUGACUGCCUGGGCAAGGACUGGGGGAGCCCAUACAACUGAGGGGGGGCAGAGAGACACCCCCCUCCAUCACUGCCUGCCUGGUGCGCUCGCCGCCUCCUUCUUGCCUAAAGUGCAUGCGUGCGAUGGGCGUCGCAGCUGCACCGAGCAAUAAGAGACCUUCCCCAUCCCCACUGCAGCCCCUCGUCCUGUGGCCCAGGAACCGCCUGCUCCCCAUCCCAGGAACUGCCUGGCCCCCAUCCUCAUCCCCAUCCUCAUCCCCAUCCUCAUCCCCAUC